CCUUUUCUGCAUUAUUCCCUGUUUCCUUUUCAUUUUAUUCUUCUGAUCGCUCUAUUUAUUUUAUCAUUGCUUACUGGGUUUGUUUCAUUCAUUCCGCGUUUUACGUACGCAACGGAAGUUCGUAAUUAACCCCUCGUUUUUUUCGAAAAAGUUUCUUUAAUGCCCAGAUAUUAAUUUUUCAUUCGGAUUGUGAUGUUAGUUCUUUCUUAACGUGACCCUGUUUUAACAGGAUUUGAAGAUGGUUUCUUUUGUAUUUGUGAUUUGCAUGAUCAUGAUAACAGUAUCAUUCUUUUGUUGAGUUAGUCAAUCUUACACCUGUUUUCAGUUGGGGUUCAAUUUAUUUGGCAUUAUUGUCAUGGUUUUGUUUUUCUGUGUUUCUUUAGACUUUUGGUGAAAGAAAUGGCUUGUGAAUGAUGCUUUAAACUUUUGAUACAUUCUAGUUAUUACAAAGCUAAAUGGUUCUUCUCUUUAUAUGCACGGUAUUUACGUGUGUAAUGUGUCUUUUCUUUGUAUGUAUGCAUGUAUCUAUACGUGUAUACAUUCCAAGGACAUCUUUCAUCAGACUAAUCUUAAUUUGGUAGUUGAUACAUUGUCAUAGUUGUGUUUUUAUUGAUGAUUAUGUGCACAGAAUUAUGCAGAUCUCAUAACUUCCCUCCCUUUCUGGCCUAUUUUAUAUUGGCCUUUUUACUAUUGAUGAUGGUGAAAUAAACAAAUUUGUGUUUUCGGAUGCAAAUGUCGUACUCAUGAGACCAUAAUUUGAGAAUUCUAAGGUGCGGUGGUAAGGUGAUAAAAGUUGCUGUCUUUCUUGUUCAUAUUUUGUCGGAUGAGAAUUAGCAGUGAGCAUAAACACAAGAGUAGCAUCAUCGAAAAUGUCAAACAUCAAAUCUCAUAUCUGACUUGUAGUAUAUCUAAUUUCUGUUUCCAGUGCUUGUUGAUUAAUUACAUCAGAAGGACUUUGCUUGUUACAAGUAACCAAGGGCAACUUUCAUGUCUGAAUUCGAAACAAACAUCCCAAGUGCUUUUGAUCCCUUUGCUGAGGCAAAUGCUGAGGACUCAGGUGCUGGGACGAAAGAGUAUGUUCAUGUUCGUGUACAACAACGUAACGGAAGGAAAAGCCUAACAACUGUUCAAGGAUUAAAGAAAGAGUAUAGCUACAGCAAAAUACUCAAAGACCUGAAGAAAGAAUUCUGCUGCAAUGGUACUGUUGUUCAAGACCCUGAGUUGGGCCAGGUUAUACAACUUCAGGGAGAUCAAAGAAAGAAUGUUUCUACUUUCCUUGUGCAGGCUGGCAUAGUGAAGAAAGAACAUAUCAAGCUUCAUGGUUUCUAAGAUCCAAGAACAGUGGCAUCAAGAUUGAAUAUGAGCAUCAGCUUCUUAUAAAUCUGAAUUCAAGCAAUUUUUAGUGACAUCAAGAUUCUGUUAUAUCGUAGCUAGAGUCAUAUGUAAUCUUCUGUGGUAUUGUUUACCUGUGUUCUGGAAAGUUACUGCUGAGGGAUAAAUGGUAAGGAUAAUGUCUAUAUCUAAGACAAUUGUCCUGAAUAAAUUUGUGAUUAUUCUUCCCUCUGCAAGUGACUCGGCCUUUUUGGUUGCAUUUUGUUUUUGGUCAUUGACCUGCCAAAUUUUGUUAACUGAUUGGGUUAACUUGAUAGAAACUGAGAUACACACCAACCUUAACCCUGCCUGCUACUGUAAGAAACUGAGGGCAGAGUGAAAAGU